AUGGAACCCUAUGAGUACUGGGACAACCGUCCACACCCCGGAGACUCACCAUCUACUAAAGUCGAGCCUACCGAUCGUGCUAAGCCAGUUAUUAUCGACUUCUUGUUUGACGAACUCAAAACCGAACUCAGCAAUGACGAGUUUUUAUUCUAUGAUGGCAGUGCCGUUAUUGCAGCGGUGACUCCUGGGGGUCUCGAAGCAUUGCAGAAUUUAACGGAAGAGGCCAAAAACAAUUACCGCGAGCGCGCCAUAGCCAAGAUCAAGCAGGAGUGUUACAACACAGGGAAAACCGCUAUCGUGGCAGGACAUUUCAUGUUCUGGUCUGAAGAUGAUGAGCAUGGCUGGUCAGUUUGCACACCAGGGGAUCUGAAUACAUACACGCAUAUCCUCUAUCUGGAUGUUCCCGCUGAGCAUAUCGCCAGGUAUCGUUUGAACGAUACCAAACGGAGCCGUCCGAAUGUGUCAAUUCCCCAUCUGGCUAAGUGGCAGACAUUUGAGAAAAACGAACUUCGUCAUCUCUGCAGACACCAUGACAUCCUUUUCGCACUCCUAUCGCCACCGUUAGCAUCUGUCACCAACCUCGGAUCCUUUAUUCGAAAUUUUCGGACACAUUCAGAGCCCUAUAACAAAAGUUUCGCUGAAAAAACGAUGCUUGAGAUACUUGCCGCCGGCUCUGGCGAAGUGGAGACGGUCAUCGUGCUGGAUGCGGACAAAACUCUGGCACAGGAAAAUAGCGGAGUGCUCUUCUGGGAGCAUAUCCGCGCACUGUCAGGCGCAGCCGAGGACCGCGGUCCCCUGGAAGCUUUGUUUAGCAGUCCCUUAGGAUAUUCCUACAUUGCCUUCCGUCAAGCAACACUGCUAUAUGAAGAGGCUGCUGGGAACGCGGAAUUCGAGGCUUACUGUCAGGCCGUGGCAUUCAAGAUACGUAUGCACCGUGAUAUUGUGAAUCUAUUUCACUUAGUUCGUGGAACGAGACACGUGUGCGCAGUCGUGGUCACUUGUGGAAUUCGAUCCGUUUGGGAGAAGGUCCUUGAAAGGGAGGGUCUUUCGGCGACAGUCACAGUCAUUGGCGGUGGGCGGUUGGAUGACGGCCUCGUUGUCAUGCCGUCCGUCAAAGCCGAAUUGUCCUUUGAUUUGGAGAUGCUAAAGGCGGCCGACCAGGCUAUCGUCGUCACCGGCGAGGAAAAGACACGGAGCAAAAGCAUGGAGAAGAAGUUAGCAGAGGCAAUUGGAAAGAACGGAUUCCACCCACGCCAAGCAGUCCUGCCUGCUUAUGCGUCACCACGCAUCGACACCCCUCGCCUGCCCUUGGUACGGUUGACGGACCAAGAUUUCCUUGCUUCUGUCUUCGCCAGAUACAAAACCCUUCAUGUCCUUCACGCCACUGACCGACCAGCGGCCAAACUCCUCAUGACUCCAAUGCGCGAUGCAUCCAUUUCUGGAUUAGCGUUACGAAAAGUCCAUCAGCGAGUUGGAUUUUAUCUAGCAACAGAAUCCUGUACCCAAAUCAUUGGCCUCGAAUACUACCAUAUUCCGCACGUUCAAGGCCAUCAUACUGACUGA